AUGUCAGAGGUCACGCUCGAGGACUGCCAGAAGAACUACCAAAACGCGUUGGAGCAGCUUGACGACUCUGUAUCCGGCAUGCUCGCCAACACACAUGCGGAUGUGGACGUCUGGUUGCAUGCUGCGAUCAGCGCCAUCGAGUCUUGUGAUAGCGCGUUGGUGUCACGUGUUGGGAAUGAUGCAGAGCUUUCAGAGAAGAACAAUAUUUUUCUAAAGCUGUGUAAAAACGCUUUGAUGAUUAACAUGAGAUUAAAUCCCUAA